AUGGUUCUUGCAAACAGCUCUUUGGUGACUGAAUUCAUUCUGAUGGGCUUGACAGACCAGCCCCUCCUCCAGAUGCCCCUCUUCUUCCUGUUUUUGGUCAUGUACACGGUCACCACCUUGGGGAACUUGGGGCUGAUCAUUCUUGUUGUACUGAAUCCACACCUUCACACCCCCAUGUACUUUUUCCUUUUUAACUUGUCCUUCAUAGACCUCUGUUAUUCUUCUGUGAUCACCCCCAAAAUGCUGAUGAACUUCAUAUUAAGCAGAAAUGCUAUCUCUUAUGAAGGCUGCAUGACCCAGCUGUACUUUUUUUGUUUCUUUGCAAUUUCCGAAUGGUACGUAUUGACAUCCAUGGCCUAUGACCGCUACGUGGCCAUCUGCAAUCCCCUCCUGUACAGCACCUCCAUGUCUCCCAAAGUGUGCUCCUCCCUUAUGCUCGCUUCUUACCUGAUGGCAUUUUGUGAUGCCACAAUCCACACUGGGUGCGUCCUGAGACUGACCUUCUGUGAUGCGAACACCAUCAACCACUUUUUCUGCGAUCUCACUCCUUUACUGCAGCUCUCCUGCACCAGCACCCAUGUCAAUGAGGUAGAGAUUUUCAUUGUAGCAGGAAAAGACAUAAUUUUGCCCAGUCUGGUCAUCUUUGUGUCUUACGGUUUUAUUCUUUCCAGUAUCUUCAAAAUAAGGUCCACUGAAGGCAGGUCCAAAGCCUUCAGCACCUGCAGCUCCCACAUCAUUGCUGUGUCUCUGUUUAUUGGAUCAAGCACAUUUAUGUACCUUAAACCCUCCUCAGCUGGGACUAUGGAUGGAGGGAAAAUCUCUUCCGUGAUUUAUACCAUUGUGUUACCCAUGAUGAACCCCUUAAUCUAUAGCCUGAGGAACAAAGAUGUUAAAGUUGCUCUGAUAAAAACACUAAUCAGAAGAAAGUUUUGA